AUGAUAGACUCUAAAAACAACAAGAUUUUCCAUCGAUUAAUUAAAGAGCUAUCAUGGGCCGAUAGAUUACUACCUUUGAUAAUCAUCUUGUCUAUAAUUGUGGGAGCUCUCAUAUCCGUCUAUGCUCCCUCUGCAAGAACUGCCUUUGAUUGCCAUUCUCAGUUUGCUGGUGUUGGUGCCCCUUUGGCCGUGGGGUUGAUAGUGAUGAUGCUGCCGCCAUUAUGUAAAGUUGAAUGGGAAAAUAUCCAUAACAUCUUGAAACAAAGAAGAGUAUACGUCCAAUUAUUAAUCUCCCUUGUUUUGAACUGGAUCAUCUGCCCGCUUCUCAUGGUGGCAUUAGGAUGGAUGGCUUUGUUGAAUGAUGAAGAGUACCGAAUUGGGAUCAUCAUGAUUGGGAUCGCUAGGUGUAUUGCCAUGGCUCCGUAUCAGAUAUUCUUAUGUUAUGUCAUUUCUAACACUCCUGAAAGUGGAUCGAUGGUUAGUUAUCAAUUAGUGGCUAAAAGCAUGGGAGUGUUUUUGGGGAUCCCAUUAGCACUUGGUUUAGUCAUUCGAAUGUUGUCGUUAAUCACCGUUGGUAAACCAUUGUAUAACAAGAAGAUUCUUCCUUUUCUUUCUCCUUGGUCUUUGAUUGGUUUGGUAUAUACCAUUAUCGUGAUAUUUAUUACCAAAGGCGAUGAUUUUAUUAAGAACAUUGGCCAGGCUUUCAAAUGUUUCAUUCCUUUAACGGUAUACUUCAUUAUUACCUGGUUUGGAACAUUUUUCUUUAUGAGAUAUAUUUUCAAUGUAAUCAAUCGGAAGACAGUGCAACCGACUGGAGAAUCAACACCUUUAUUGAGAUGUGGAUGUGAAAAGGCUUUGAAGACAGAGCCGGGGGCUAAUGAACGAUGGAAAACCUGGUGUGGAGCAAAAUACGAAGAGGUAAUAACCCAAACUUUUACUGCUGCAUCCAAUAAUUUUGAAUUAAGUUUAUCUAUUGUCAUUUCAAUUUAUGGAUAUGGAUCAAAGCAAUCGAUUGCUGCUACGUUUGGUCCGUUUUUAGAAGUCCCAAUUCUUCUAAUUUUGACAGUAGUGGCGAAAUAUUUCCGAUUGAAAUUUUUAUGGAAUACUGAAGAUGAAUUUGUUUGUGUUGAAGAUGAGCUGCAGAAUACUGAAGGUAAAUUAAGCAAAUAUUGA